AUGUGGUGGCUGCGGCUGGUCAGUCUGUGCCUCUGCCUGAGCCUCUCUCAGCAGCAGGUUCCUCGGGCGUGCAGCAGCAGGGAGGCGCUCCUCAGCAAGCGUUGCUGCCCGGCCUGGGAGGGCGACGGCUCGGCCUGCGGCGCCAGCUCCGGCCGCGGCUUCUGUCGGGAGGUGCGGGUGACCGCCCAACCGGACGGGCCUCAGUACCCCUACAGCGGCCUGGACGACAGGGAGAAGUGGCCCCUGGUCUUCUUCAACAUGACGUGUCAGUGCAGCGGCAACUUCAUGGGUUUCAGCUGCGCCGACUGCAAGUUCGGCUACUCUGGAGCCGACUGCAGCCAGAGGAGGGAGUCUCUGAGGAGGAACGUCUUCCACCUGUCCAGAAGUGAGCGGUCCAGGCUGCUGUCCUACCUCAACCUGGCCAAGCAGACCACCAGCCGGGACUUCGUGGUGAUGACGGGGACUUACCAGCAGAUGCAGAACGGCUCCAGCCCCAUGUUCGCCGACGUGUCCGUCUACGACCUCUUUGUCUGGAUGCACUACUACGUGUCCAGGGACGCGCUGCUCCCGCCAGCCGGGAACGUCUUCACCGACGUGGACUUUGCUCACUGGGCGCCUGCCUUCCUGCCCUGGCACCGGCUCUUCCUGCUGCACUGGGAACAGGAGAUCCGGAAGCUGAGCGGCGACAGCGGCUUCACCCUGCCCUACUGGGACUGGAGGGACGCCGAGGGCUGCCAGGUCUGCAGCGACCAGCUGAUGGGAGGGCCCAGCCCCCAGGACCCGGGGCUGCUCAGUCCCGGCUCAGUCUUCUCGUCCUGGAGAGUCCUCUGCUCUCAGGCGGCCGACUACAACCGCAGAGGAGCGCUCUGCGACGCGCGGCCGGAGGGGCCCCUGCGCCGGAGCCCGGGCAACCACAAUCGGGACGUGGUGGCGCGACUGCCGACGUCAGCAGAGACGGAGUUCACCCUGAGUCUGGCCGACUAUGACACCGGUGCCAUGGACCGCAGCGCCAACCGCAGCUUCAGGAACACUCUGGAAGGGUUCGGGGAUCCCCGCACGGGUCUGGGGAACAGCUCUCGCAUGGGCAUGCACGCGGCCCUCCACGUCUUCAUGAACGGCACCAUGUCCUCGGUGCAGGGCUCGGCCAACGACCCCAUCUUUCUUCUGCACCACGCCUUCGUCGACAGCCUCUUCGAGCAGUGGCUCCGCAGACACCGGCCGUCCCAGUCCCAGUACCCGGCGGCCAUGGCCCCCAUCGGACACAACCGCGACUACUUCAUGGUGCCCUUCCUGCCGCUCCACAGAAACAUUGACUUCUUCAUCUCCAGCAAGGAGCUGGGAUACGAGUACAGCUCCCUCCUGAGGGCAGACCAGCGGCUGGCCGAGUCCAUGCGCCCCCUGCUGGAGGAGCUGCGGGAGGUGUGGCCCUGGCUGCUGCUGUCGGCCCUCGGUGGGGGGCUGCUGGUGAUGACGGCCGCCCUGGCUGCAGUCAGGGGAGGAGGCUGGCUGCAGAGACCUCUGGAGUCAGUGAGGCGGUGGAAAGACCUGAUCACGUUGGGAGAGAGGGAACCGCUCAUCUCCAGCGAGGAAGCCAGACCGCUCCACUACCAAACCACCAUCUGAGCCAGGCCUCGCUGCCACUCGCGGGCGCCUCCUCCAUCGAGACAGGACGGAAAUACAGCCGCUGCUGGGCUCGUGUGGGGUUCCUCCCACCGAGGUUCACCACGAAGGGGGCUUGCAGCGGUGACCUGAGGGACCCUUCCUUCCUCCCUCCGACAGUUCUGUGUCCACUUUCAUCUCCUCAUUAUGCAAUGUUUUGGUGCCUCCAAUUUCAGCCUUGUUAAACAGCACUUUGCUUGACAAACAUUUGCCGCCUUCAGGCCUCACAAACAAAUGUCAGUGAGCUGUAAUGACAAUGAAUAAUUCAUUUGACUGAAUUAUCA